AUGAAUAGCAACACGCCAUAUAUCCCUACACCACCACCAGCAUUUGAAUCAAGUAUCCACAAGCUUACCCACCCUUUAAGUCCUAAGCGGCGUGACAGACAUCAGCUCAGCUCAAGCGAACAAUAUCCCAGAAAGUCGGAAGACGAAUACAGCCCCAUGACUAUGGAGCCUGGAACCAUAGAACCGCCUUUGUAUGCCAAACUUUCCAUAUCUUCGGUGAAGGAGAAUCCUGAACAUAGACCUAGAGGAUGGGGAAGCCGGAGGUAUUCAUCUCACGAUCUCGAGAGUGGAACAAGCGGAAGUGAGACUAUGGUCUCCCAAGAGACAAAACAGAAUAAUAUCAGGCCAAUACCGGAUUUUGAUGAUAACUAUUUUUAUUACCACGACAAACGACCACGAAUGGGCCGCUGGCAGAGGUCUGAGGUAAAAUACCGCCGUUGGCUGGAGGGCAUGACGCAGCGGCGCAGAACGAAGCUGGUUUUCCAGGUCAUGUUGGCUGGAAUGAUUGUGGGUAUACUUCUAGGGCUUGCGUUUGGGAUUUCCGAUGAUUAA